GAGAUGAAGUACGCCCUGAAGCGCCUGGUCACUGGACUUGGGAUGGGCCGAGAAGCCGCUCGGCCUUGCUAUAGUCUGGCGCUGGCACAGCUGUUACAGUCUUUUGAAGACAUUCCUUUAUGCAGCAUCCUGACUCAGAUACAGGAAAAAUACAAUCUGCAAACAGCAAACAAGGCGAUGCUGAGACCUGCUCUCUUUGCAAACCUGUUUGGGGUGCUAGCUCUCUUUCAGUCAGGCCGCCUGGUGGAGGACCAGGAGGCCCUGAUGAAGUCAGUGAGAUUGCUGAAUAUCCUCUCCCAUCACAACAACCACUUACAAGGCCAGCCAAUGAAGGUCCUGGUGGACAUCCUCUCCAAGGUCCCAGAGUCCGUGUUCGAGGAGAUCCUGCCAAAGGUCCUCAAGGAUGACUUGAGAGUGAUCCUCAGCUCCCCUAAGUACCUGGAGCUCUUCCUCUUGGCUAAGCAGAGGGUGCCAGCGAAGCUUGAGUCACUGGUGGGCUCAGUUGACCUGUUCUCAGAAGAGAAUAUCCCCAGUCUAGUGAAGGUGCUGAAGAUGGCAGCCAAGUCCGUAAGGAAGGAGCAAAAGCUGCCAGACGUGUCUCUGAGCCUCCUCCGCCUAUCACUUAAGGAGAACAAAUUCACACUGUUUUGGAAGGAGGUUGUGGAGCAGGAGCUGCUGAAGAAGCUAAGCUGGUCAACCAGCUACAUGUGUUUCCGCCUGCUGGGUGCAUCCCUGCCACUGCUGUCAGAAGAGCAGCUGCAGCUGGUGAUGCGGGGAGACUUGAUCCGCCAUUUUGGGGAGCACGCGGUCAUUUCUAAGCCCCAAAACCUGUUCAAGUUUGUGCCAGAGAUAAGUAAAUAUGUGAGUAUCUUCCUAGAGGGGUGCCAGGAUGACCCCAAACGACAGUUUGCUAUGAUGGUGGCCUUCACAUCCAUCACCAACCAAGGUCUCCCUGUCAUGCCUACCUUCUGGCAUGUCACACGGUUUUUAAGUAGUGAAGCCCUGCAAAGCUAUGUGGCCUGGUUGCGGGACAUGUUCCUCCAGCCAGACCUGGACUCCUUGGUUGACUUCAGCACUACCAACCAGAAGAGAGCACAGGAUGCCUCAGUCAAUGUGCCAGAGCGAUGUGUGUUACGGCUCCGGAAGUGGAUCAUCCACCGCCUGGUCAGCCUUGUGGACCAUCUGCACCUGGAGAAGGAUGAUGCUGUGGUUGAUCAAGUAGCCAGGUUUUGCUUGUUCCACGCCUUCUUUAAGACAAAGAAGGCCACCCCCCAGAUCCCAGAGACAAAGCAACACUUCUCCUUUCCCUUGGACAACCGGAACCGAAGUGUCAUCAUUAGUUCCUUCUUCAGCCUGCUGCAGACCCUCAGUGUGAAGUUUAGGCAGUCUCCAGACUUGAAUGAAAGCGGGAAGCCCUGGACUUACCGCCUGGUGCAGUUUGCAGACAUGCUGUUGAACCACAGCCGCAAUGUGACCCUGGUGACACCCUUCACAACACAGCAGCGCCAGGCCUGGGACCAGAUGAUGAGUACUUUGAAGGAACUUGAGGCCCAGUCUUCAGAAACCAGGUCCAUUGCCUUCCAGCACUUGCUGCUUUUGGUGGGCCUCCACCUCUUCAAGUCCCCUACAGAGAGUUGUGAUGUCCUGGGUGACAUCCAGACCUGCAUCAAGAAAAGUAUGGAACAGAAUCCCCGUCGAUCACGCUCUAGGGCCAAAGCUUCCCAGGAACCAGUAUGGGUGGAUGUGAUGGUGGAGAUCUUGCUGUCCCUGCUUGCUCAACCCAGCAACUUGAUGCGUCAGGUGGUCCGGAAUGUAUUUGGCCACAUCUGUUCCCACCUUACGCCACGUGGUCUGCAGCUAAUCCUGGCUGUGCUUAUCCCUGAGACAAAUGAGGAUGAGGAUGACAACGUGGUGGUCACUGAUGAUACCAGUGAGAAGCAGCUGGAACAUGGAGAGGAUGAAGGCUCAGAUAGUGAGGACGAUAAAAACUCAGAUAGUGACAUGGAUAGCGAUGAUGGAGCAGAGAGUGAAGAGGAAGACCGUGAUAAGGAUGUGCAGCCAGGCUUUCGUCAGCGGCUGAUGGAAGUGUUGCAAGCUGGGAAUGCACUGGGUGGAGUAGACAGUGAGGAUGAAGAGGAGGAGCUUGGAGAUGAGGCUAUGAUGGCCCUGGACCAGAACCUGUCCAGCCUAUUUGCAGAGCAGAAGUUGCAUAUUCAGGCCCGGCAAGAGGAAAAGAACAAGGUGCAGAAGGAGAAGAAGCUCCGACGGGACUUCCAAAUCCGGGUACUAGACCUGAUUGAAGUGCUGGUGACCAAGCAGCCUGAGCACCCCCUGGUCCUGGAACUACUUGAGCCAUUGCUGAGCAUAAUCCAACACAACAUGCGCAGCAAAGGCUCCAGCAAGCAGGAGCAGGACCUCCUGCACAAGACCGCCCGCAUCUUCAUGCACCAUCUAUGCCGUGCCCGCCACUACUGCCACGAGGUGGGGCCCUGUGCAGAGGCUCUGCAUGCCCAGGUGGAGCGCCUUGUACAGCGUGCUGGCAGUCAGACUGACACCUCUGUGGCCCUUUACUGCUUUAACGCCUCUCUGUAUCUACUGCGAGUCCUCAAGGGCAACACUGCUAAGAAGCACCAGGAUGGUCAGAUGCUACAGGGAGCCGACACCAAGCCUGAACCCAAGGACCCAGAGCUUUCUCAUCAGGCUCAGACUGCCAAUUGCUUGGACUUGAACUUUGUGACCCGGGUAUACUCGGCAGCACUGGAAUCUCUUCUGACCAAGCGUAACAGCCCCCUCACUGUCCCCAUGUUCCUCAGCCUUUUCUCCCGGUAUCCGGUGAUCUGUAAGAACCUGCUCCCCAUCCUGCUCCAGCAUGUGGCUGGCCCAUUGCGACCCCGCCAUCAGGCCCAGGCAUGCACACUGCUCCAGAAGACCCUAUCUGCCCGGGAGCUAAGAGUAUGUUUUGAGGAUCCUGAGUGGGAGCAGCUGAUUGGCCAGGUCUUGGAAAAGGUCACCCAGACACUGCACACACUCGGGGAGGCACAGAGCAAGGGGGAGCACCAGAGGGAGCUGUCCACCUUGGAGCUGCUGAACAGUCUCUUCAGGACAGUCAAUCAUGAGAAGCUGUCUGUGGACCUCACCUCUCUCUUGGGCAUGCUGCAGAGCAAGCAGCAGAAGCUGCAGCAAAACUUGAAGCAGGGGAAUCACUCCUCUGGUUCCAACCGCCUCUACGACCUCUACUGGCAGGCCAUGAGGAUGCUAGGAGUCCAGCGUCCCAAGUCAGAAAAGAAGAAUGCCAGGGAUAUUCCUAGCGACUCCCAGAGCCCUAUUAGCAUGAAACGGAAGAAAAAGGGAUUCUUGCCUGAGACCAAGAAACGAAAGAAACUUAAAUCUAAGGAUGCCACACCAGAAAAGGAUGCUGCUGCAUCAGGGCAGGAUGUAGUGAUGGCAGAUGCCACACCCGCUGCUGGUGGUACAGACCAGCCCCCCAGCACAGGCAAGAAGAAAAGGAAGAGAGGGAAGGCCAACACCCCAUCCCAGGUGAAUGGGACACCUGUCACCAAGAGUCCAGCUCCCAACAACCCCACCCUAAGCCCCAGCACCCCUGCUAAGACCCCAAAACUACAGAAGAAAAAAGAGAAGCUGUCACAGGUGAAUGGAACCACUCCUGUGUCCCCCAUAGAGCCUGAAGGCAAAAAACAUUACCAGAAGGCUCUUCCCACAAAGGAUGUCUUGAGAAAGACCCCCCAGUCUUCCCUGCCACGAAAAAGGGCAAGGCUGUCUCUGGUUAACAGGAGCCCCAGCCUGUUCCAGAGUGGGGUCAAGAAAAGGAAAGUGGCCCGGAAGAAGGUGCAGACACCUUGAGUGUGGUGUGGUCUGUUUUCCCCUGUCUUGAGCAACCCAAGAGACUUCUAUUUUUCACCAGUAUUUUAAUAAAUAUUGCCAUGGUAUAUGA